AUGCUGGAGAGGCCACUCAUCGUGGCAAAGGGUGACACGGUUGUCGUACGGGCUGUUCAUGAUGACUGGAGGUCAAUCUUUCCAUUUGUCUUCUGUUUUUCACAGAUUUUCAGGAUCUGGUUUGAGGCUUAUGCCAAAUCAUCCUCAAUUUCACUCGAUGCUGUGCAGAGAUUCAGGUCUGAUCAGCCAGCUACGAAGGCAGACAGCCCGAGAGUGAGUUUCGGUGGACACAAGCUUCGAAUGUUGGCAGACAGGGAUGUAGAAAUGCUGUACAGAGAAGCGCUGAUGCAGCACGUGAAAAAAGACACUGUUGUUCUUUGUAUAGGAGAUGGCCAUGCGCUCGGCUUGAUCGCAAGCGAGCUGGGCUGCAGACAUGUAAUUGACGUGGAGGUGUCAGAAAACUCGUUGCUCAUGGCCACCUCAUGUUUUCAGGCUGCUGGAUGCCACGAGAAAGCCAACGCUCUUCUUAUACCGCAGUAUUUCGAGAGCGCGGACGAUGCUUGCGAAGUCCUCGAAGCAGAGCUGUCCCAACGGCAUCUCACCGUCGACUUUGUCUGUGCAGAUCCUUUCUUCUUUGAGUCCGGUGUUGGGGCGUUUGCUGGAGGAGGAGGGACACAGUUCAACAACCUGUCUUAUUGGAAGGCUGUGGAAGCAAUCAGGAAGAAAGUCUUAAAGCAGGACGUUGCCAUCCUUCCUUGUGCUGCAUCCAUCAGGGGUGUUGCUGUGGAGUUUUCUCAGCUCAGGAAUAGUCAACAGCGAGUGAGGAUGGUAGAGAACCUGAACCUGGAAAGCUUCUGCGACAUCCAGCCUCUAGGACUUGAGCCGCCUCCAGGGGUGGCGUACGAUCUUUGGAUGUACGACUGGCGGCCGCUCACUCCUGAAUUUGCUCUGCUGACGAUGGAUUUUGGUAGCGAAGUCAAGGACAAGCAUCAUGUGGAGGGCUUCACCUUGGAUUCAGUACUGCCGUGCACUUCCGUGCCGAGUCUCAGCUUCUCAUCCCCCGGCACCUGCCAUGCUGUUGUCCUCUGGAUCGACUGGAAGUUGACUGAGAACGUCUCUCUCUCCUGGGGUCCCAAGGAAGACUCGGUCGACCAUUGCAAGCAGCUUGUGACUGACUGGCGGGCCUGUCUGCCUUCCCUGCAGAUCGUUUAUUUCUUCGACGAAGGAAUCGCCGUCGACUCGAGCUCCAAGCUUCAGGUUGACGUCGGCUACUUCGACAGCUCCAGUUGUGAGUUCCUCGGCUCUUUCAGAGGGCCGACGAAGGGUCGUGUUUAUUUCAGUCAACUGCUGGAGCGAAGAGACAGAGGAGGCGCCAUGCAGGAGGGUCGCGCCAGGACGAUGCUCGUGCGCGCUGGAGGCGCCGCCAUCCUGGCGGUUGCUGUCGUGACGCUUGUGAUCAGCUUCAGUGGAUGGGAAGCCAAGGCAGAGGAGAAGUUGAGCCCUCUGCAGGUUGGCAGAUAUGCCGUUCGUGCUGAGCGACAGUCCCAGGACUACGACCAGAAGGCUGAGAGGCAGAUUGCCUUCGCCAGUGACAACGAUGAUGCCGCUGCCGGCGAGAGAGAUUUGGCUGCCAAGGAAGAGAAGCGUGCCAGACAAUCCGCUUACCUUGCUGCUGAUGUUAAGUCUCGCAUCGACAAGAUCUUGGAGGAAGGCAGAGAUCAGGUUAACCAGGCAACCAAGCUCAAGGCCAAGGCUGGCAGACUUCAGGAGAUGGCCGCCGAACUUCUUGGCCAGGCUAAGACCGAGAAGGAGAGCGCAGCUGCUUUGAAGGCAAAGUACUAUAAGACUAUGGACGAGUACAGCGACGCUGUCAAGAAGAUUGACACUGCCACGAUGAAUGCUCAAGAAAUCCUUGAUCAGAUGAACGCUCAGUCUUUGACGCUGGCUGAGGUUGCCACUGAAUAUGGCACAGCCAGUGGACAUGGAGAGAACCCAGGAGCAGCAGCAGCUGUUGAAUUGAAGGGUGAGCUUCGCAAGGCUCAGCAGGAUCUCGCCGCUAUCACAGCGAAGAAAGCCAAGGCUGAUGAGGAGACCGCCGAUGCUCGCAAGCUUGCUGAUCAGUACCAGCCCCUCAUUAUCGAUGCGGAGAAGGACAAGCGUAGCUCUGAUUUCCACUUCCAAGAGUUUGCGCAGCUCACCGAUCAGGCGGAUCAGCUCCAGUCUCGCGCAGAUGCGCUCCUCGCCAGGGCGGACACCAUCGACGGAUUGAUCCAAUCCACCCAGUCUGAGCUUGGUGAAAAGAGGAAGCAAUUUGAGCACUACAAGAACCGUGCUCAGACCGAAAUGGCCAUUUCUCUUCAGGCUGAGGACAAGGAGGCUCUUCUUAGAAAGCAGGCCAGAGAGGCUCGCUACAAGGCUGCAGAGCUUUCGGACAAGGCUCGUAGGUUGCGGGCUCUUGCACAGAGGGGGGUGAACAAUGUGAUGGAGGCAACUCAAGAUGGCAGUUAA